AGCUAGCAGCUAGCAGCUAAUAGUUAGCAUAGAAACGGUGAGUAAAUGUUAACUUUAUUAUUAGCUCUAAACUGUUAGCAUGAUGCUAACAUGUUCCUGUGUUUCAGCUUCCGGUCUGACGUCAGACAUGAACGCGUCUCAGAGGAAGAGGAGGACAACAGGAAGUCCUCCAGGUUCCAGGUCUAAGAGCAGCAGAGCAGCUAGCAGGAAUGCUAAUGCUAAUGCUAGCAGAGAGUCUGAUGUGGAACAGAACCAGAACGAGGAGCAGACAGAGACCAUCAGCGUGCUGGACCAGAGUGUGGAGGACGUGGUGGAUCUGACCUGCGAGGAAGCCGCUGUAGUUGACCUGACGCACAACGACUCAGUGCUGCUGGUGGAGGAAGGUCCUCAGAACAGGAGAACCGCCACAGGUGAGAGUUACGUUGUCAGCAGUGAUGAAGAUGAAGCCACGCCCCCUUCUCUCAACGCCACCACGCUGUCUUCUAUACAGGCCAACAGCGCCACCAGGUUGGCUCCGGGGGUGAUCAGCUGUCCCGUCUGCAUGGACUCGUACUCUGAGAUCGUGGAGAGCGGCCGAUUGGUGGUUUCCACUAAAUGUGGUCACGUGUUCUGCAGCCAGUGUCUGAGAGACGCUCUGACAUCAUCACACACCUGUCCCACCUGCAGGAAGAGACUCACCUCCCGACAGUACCACCCGCUCUACAUCUGACAUCAUCACUGUGACAUC